ACGCCCACGUGUUCCGUUGUGGCUCGCUCACCUGAUGCUCUGCUAUCUCCGCUCUUCACCUUUGAAGAAUCAAAUAUAUAUUUUUAAUUCACUUAAUUUUCGCCAUUUGCCUCCCUUCGUGCCUUCCCAACACAUUGCUAACGACUAGAUUUUAAGCGCCAGCUACCUCAUAAGAUCCUCAUUCCGCCGUCUUUUGCUAUCUGGUGCUAAUAUCAGCGAAUGUUGGGCAAAUUUCCACCGAACACUUUUGGAAGGCUUGUUUACCAUGGAUGAAUCCACGCCUGCUCCAGCGCCCUCCGGGGAGAAGAGAGGCUGUCCGGAGGACGAGGACGACAAAGCGACCGUUUCCAAGAGAGCCAAAGUUGAGGAUGAAGUCGAGAACGGCGCUCCCGCGGGAGCAGCAGCCAACAGCGAGGGGGAAGAAGAAGAAGAAGCGGAGGAGGACGCCAGCGGCGAGACGUUUGCCGAGAUGAUGAAGCACGGCCUCACCGAGCUGGACGUGGGCAUCUGCAAGUACGUCAGCGACCACGAGGGCUUCUCGGGAAUCCUGAAGGAAAGGUACUCAGAUUUUGUGGUGCAUGAAAUCAGCAAAGAAGGAAAGAUAGUGCACUUAGACGACCUCUCAAUUCCAAAAAAUGUUCAGGAGGAAGCAGCAGGAGCAGCAGCAGCAGCAGAAGAAAAUACAAAUGAAAGCACCGUGCUGACUGAAGAGCAGAAGCAGCAGCUGGAGGAGCUCCAGAUGUUCAAGAACAAAGAGAGCUCCGUUUACAUCGAGGGAGACGCGUCAAAAGAUAAGCGGACACUGGUACACAAAGCCAUCAAAACUCAAUUCCCCGGCCUGGAGACCAAGACGGAGGAGAAAGACGGCCGCAAGUUCAUAGUGGCUUACCAUGCUGCUGGAAAGAAGGCCCUGGCUGCGCCGAGGAAACACUCCUGGCCCAAAAACCGUGGCAGCUUCUGUCACUUCGUCCUGUACAAGGAGAACAAGGAUACGAUGGAUGCCAUCAAUGUGCUCUCAAAGUUCCUCAGGCUCAGACCCAACAUGUUCUCCUACAUGGGCACCAAGGACAAGAGGGCCAUCACUGUGCAGGAGAUCGCGGUGCUCAAGAUCACAGCAGAGAGGUUGGCCCACCUUAACAAGUGCCUGGUGAACCUCAAGCUGGGCAAUUUCUCCUACAAAAAUCACCCUCUCAAGCUUGGGGAGCUUCAGGGGAACCACUUCACCGUUGUUGUUAGGAACAUCUCAGGAACUGACGCCCAGGUCCAUCAGGCCAUGACGUCACUCAAGCAGACGGGCUUCAUCAACUACUACGGCAUGCAGCGUUUCGGCACCACGGCAGUGCCCACGCACCAAGUCGGCAGGGCCAUCUUGAAGAAUGACUGGAAGCAAGUGGUGGAUUUGAUUCUCAAGCCUCGUCCUGGAGCUGAGAAAGAAUUCCUGGUGCGCUGUAGGGAGGAGUGGGCCAAGACUCAGGACCCCGAAGCGGCCCUGAAGAAGCUUCCCAACAAGCGCUGUGUGGAGGGCCAACUGCUGCGGGGCCUUUCCCAGCACGGCAAAAAUAAUAUCGUUACCGCCUUUGGACUGAUUCCCCGAAACAACCGCCUGAUGUACAUCCACAGCUACCAAAGCGUAGUGUGGAACACCAUGGUGAGCCGCCGGAUCGACGCCUUCGGGCUGACAGCCGUGGAGGGCGACCUGGUGCUCCGAGGAACCAAAGCACACAUCCUGUCAGAAGAGGAGGCGAAGACCCACUCCAUCCACGACAUCGUGAUGCCGCUUCCCGGAUUCGACGUCAUCUACCCUUCUCACCACGUGGGUAAAGGUUACAGAGAUAUGCUGAGCGCAGACGGCCUGGACAUCGAUCACAUGCGACACAAAGUGAAGGAUUACUCGCUGGCAGGGGCGUACCGACGCGUCCUCAUCAGGCCAAGCGAUGUCAGAUGGGAGGUGAUCGAGUACGACGACCCCAAGAUAUCUCUGGUCCACACCGACUUUGAAAAAAUCGAGAACAAACCAGCGCCGGUAUUCAACAAAGAGGGAAAGUACCGCGCCCUGCGGCUGGAGUUCUCGCUGCCGCCCUCGACGUACGCCACCAUGGCCAUACGGGAAGUGCUCAAGUUGGACACCAGCAUCAAGAAGCAGACGCAGCUCAACACCACCUGGUUCAACUGACACGGCACGGGCCGCCACCCACAAUAUUAGGUACACCUGCGCAAACAAAUUGUCCGGUGACUUUUGACACAAACUAAUAGUGGCUGCUAGAGGGUGCGUGUGCGACUGGCUUUUCUUUUUUUUUUUUAAACAACAAAAAAGUACUAUUGAGUGUUUUAUUUUGGAUGUUUUAACUUUGAAAUUGAUUUUUUUUUUUUUUUUUAAAUCUGCUUGUGCAGAUACUUGAGACUUUUUUUUUUUUUUAAAUAACAUUCGACUGAAUGUACACACGACUCUGGUAGAGAGUGACGAAUUAAAGUAAUUGAGAAGCUGA